AUGAAUAGUUCAGGUUCAGGUUCUGGUUCUAGUUCUGGUUCUGGUUCUCCUUGUGGAGCCUGCAAAUUCUUGAGAAGGAAAUGUUUGAAAGGUUGUGUUUUUGCACCUUACUUUUGCCACGAGCAGGGUGCUACUCAUUUUUCAGCCAUUCAUAAGGUCUUUGGUGCAAGCAAUGUCUCAAAGCUCCUAGCUCAUCUCCCUGUAACUGAUCGUUGUGAAGCUGCAGUCACAAUCUCAUAUGAAGCUCAAGCUAGACUUCAGGAUCCAAUUUAUGGCUGUGUUUCCCAUAUUUUUGCACUCCAGCAGCAGGUGGUAAAUUUACAAGCACAGCUAGCUUAUCUCAAAGAACAAGCAGCUCAGAGUUGUUUCAAUGCAUCUACCAAUAAAAACCCUAAUGAAAAACACUUUGAAAGAUCUAAUGCUUUUCCCCAAGAUCUUCAAAGUUGGUUCCAUGGGGAAAAUUCCAACCUGGGGCCAGAAUUUCUUCCUAACUUGUCUAAUAAUUCAUCAGCAACACAAUAUUAUGGGAACAAUGCUUUCAUGGAUCUAAACCCUAUUGGGGAUUAUGAAUGUUCAGGAGUCAAGGAAGAGAGUAGCUCAUUUUCUAGCUUUGAGGAGAGUUCUAAUAACUCAAUGUCCUAUGACUUCCAAACAAACAUGAGAUCGUGGGCCUUUCAUGAAGUGGAGGACCUACAUUCAGUGGCUUUUGGAUACAGUCGAUCAGAUUCAUGA